AUGGCUAUUGGAAAGAGAAAAGCAAAUACCGGAUUGAAAAAUGGAAAUAAAACAGAUAAUAAACGAUCGAAACCUGCUGAUUCAGUUGAAUUGAAGGUUAAAUCCAAGAAGCAAGCAGUUGCUUCUCCAGAAGAAUCUCCCUCGGAAUCCGGCUCCCCCAUUUCUUCCGAUUCUGAAAUCGAUGAAGAUAAUAAUGUUGCUGAAGAAAGUGAGGGCGAGGGAGGAGAUGAAUUCACUGGUUUUGAAGAUGAAGACGAGCUAGAUAACGAAGAAGAGGACGGAGAAGAAAAGUCCGAGGAAAGCAAGAAAAAAUCUAAAGAUGCUCAUGCUAACCAAAAGAAGCUACAAAAGGACCGUAAAGCUUCAAAACCCUUUGCUGAUGUUAGCACGAAGGCUAAAACCUUAUGGGAUAAACUUCGUCAAAAAGGAUCAAUAAAGGCCGAUGAACGCAAAACGUUAGUAUCUGAACUUUUUGACAUGAUCAAGUCAAACGUAAAGCAGAUAGUAUUCAAGCAUGAUAUGUCCCGUGUUAUCCAAACAUGUGUCAAGUAUGGUUCUAAACAGCAACGCGAAAUCAUUGCUAGUGAACUUAGUGGUAGCUUUGUUGAACUAUGCAAGAGCCCUUACGGAAAAUACCUCGCAGUUAAGCUUUUCAAGUAUGGAACUCCAAAAAUGAAAGAAGGAGCUCUAGGAGAAUUGUAUGGACAUGUUACGAAAUUGAUUAGACACCGAGAAGCUGCCUAUGUUGUUGAAGACAUUUUCCGUGAAUAUACCAAUCUACAACAACAAACUGCCUUAAUUUGCGAGUUUUAUGGACCAGAAUUUCAAGUUUUUAAGGAAAGAACGCAGGAUAUGCACAUAGACAAGAUUUUGCAAGAACACCCUGAGAAGCGUGCAAGCGUCAUGAAUAACUUAUGGAAAACCAUUGAGGGCUCAAUUGCCAAAGGCUCGAUUGGUUUCACAAUGGUUCAUAGAGCCAUGUUAGAGUUUAUCCAACAUGCUAGCUCAAACGAAGCAAAGGACCUAUUGUUAGCUACGAAGGAGCAAAUCUACGAGUUUGUGCAUACAAGAGAUGGUUCACAAGUUGCUAUGAAGCUAUUCGCCAUUGCAAAUGCUAAGGACCGUAAGGCCAUGCUAAAAGUGUUACGUCCCUAUUUUGUAGAAACGGCUAAAGACUCAUAUGGUCAUUUAGUUUUAGUCACCGCUCUAGACUGUACUGAUGAUACUAUUAUGACUGGAAAGUUGCUCCAAGCAGAAUUUGAAAACGAACUUAUCAAGUUAUCUGUACAUAAAUUUUCCCGCAGAGUUUUGUUGUACGUACUAGUUGGCUGGGAAGAUGCUCGAUACUUCAGUAAAGAGAACCGCACAAUGCUAGCUUCUUUAGAACCGCUUAAAGCCGCCACCUCGAAAAAGGAUCCAGCUGUGCGUAGAAAUGAGUUAAAGGCCGCUAUCGGACCUAUGUUAUUAAAUGUGAUUAGUAAUGCUGCCGGCGAGUUGUUGGCUGAAUCUUUGAGCUCUCAAGUGGUUGUUGAUACUUUAUUGACCGUGCCUGGCGAUAAAGAAUCUGCAGUCAAUGCGGUUUUAAGAGCAUUUGAAGGAAACCCCGCUGAUGAAACGCAUUUGGUACACCAAAUUCACUGUUCUCGUGCCUUGAAAACCCUUGUUCAGAACGGACAUUGGAAUGGAACAGAAAAGCGUGUCGUGAAGUCAGAAGAAGAAUUAGGUGUAGCUGAAGGCUUGAAAGAUGUAAUCAGUGAACACUUGGUAGAGUGGGCUACUGGAGAUGGAGCAUUCGUCGUUCUUGCUGUUUUGGAAACGUUGGAUGAAAAAGAAAGAAAGAAGUUUUUGGACCAGCUGAAGAAGCAUCAAAAGACAUUGAAGAAGUCAGAAUUUCGUGGAACACAAAAACUUUUGGAAAUGCUUUGA